CUUCCUGCCCCUGGCACUCUGUUCCACGGCACGAUGGCACAAACUGUCCACCUCUCCUGCCUCCUGGCUCUGUUGGUGGCAGGUCCGGCCCAAGGCGUCAAGGGCUCCCUCAGGGGCCAGGACCCAGGUCCCCGGCCGCUGGAGCUGAAGGAGGUCUUCACAUUAUUCCAGAUCCAGUACAACCGGAGUUACUCAAACCCAGCAGAGUAUGCUCGCCGCCUGAACAUCUUUGCCCACAACCUGGCCCAGGCUCAGCGGCUGCAGGAGGAGGACUUGGGCACAGCUGAGUUUGGGGUGACUCCAUUCAGUGACCUUACAGAGGAGGAGUUUGGCCAGCACUAUGGGCAUCGGAGGGCAGCUGCAGGGGUCCCCAGCCUGGGGAGAAAGGUAGAGUCUGAAGAGUGGGGGGAGUCAGAGCCAGUGCCACGGACCUGUGACUGGCGGAAGGCAACCGGUGUCAUCUCAUCCAUCAAGAACCAGGAAAAUUGCAACUGCUGCUGGGCCAUAGCGACCGUGGGCAACAUCGAGGCCCUGUGGGGCAUCACAUGGCAAUCGUCUGUGGAACUCUCUGUGCAGCAGCUGCUCGACUGUGACCGCUGUGGGAAUGGCUGCGGGGGCGGCUUCGUCUGGGAUGCAUUCAUCACGGUCCUCAACAACAGUGGCCUGGCCAGUGAAAAGGACUACCCAUUCCAGGGGAAAGGCAAACCCCACAAGUGCCUGGCCAAUAAGCACAAAAAGGUGGCCUGGAUCCAGGAUUUCAUCAUGCUGAAGGACAACGAGCAGACAAUCGCCUCGUACCUGGCCACCCAUGGCCCCAUCACCGUGACCAUCAAUGUGAAGCUACUGCAGCAAUACCAGUCGGGUGUGAUCCGGGCCACGCCCACCACCUGUGACCCCCGGCACGUGGAUCAUUCUGUCCUGCUGGUGGGUUUUGGUGUGGAGGGCAGGCAGGCAGAGGCAGGCUCAUCUCGUCCUCGUCCUCGCCACUCCACCCCAUACUGGAUCCUGAAGAACUCCUGGGGGGCCAACUGGGGUGAGAAGGGCUAUUUCCGGCUACACCGAGGCAGCAAUGCCUGUGGCAUCACCAAGUACCCGCUCACUGCUCGAGUGCAACUACCACAAAACAGGCGCCCAGUCUCCUGCCCUCCCUGAGCCCGCCUGGCUGCCCCUCAGCUCUCUCCUGCUGUGCCAGCUGCCUCCUUGCUGGCCCCUCCCCAAGGUCUUGGCCUGUCCUCCCAAUCUUCCUGCUAUGGAUGGAAUAAAUCAGGAUGAAACUCCUGUC